AUGUUUGCAGAGAAUUGGUUCGAUUUGCUUUGUGACACUCAUUGUGUUGAACCGCAAGCGCGCUCCAUUGUGAAUGGUCCUACACCGGCGUCUUUCCAACGCUCAACACAAUACACGCUUCAUGGUAUGUUCACCAUUUGGAAAGCAUCAACGAUAAUUUUGAUAGGACAAUGCUAUUCACAAUUCGUCGCACCUCCUACACGACCGAUCAAUUUAUGGGAUCCAUUUGGUGAAUCGACAACAGAAGAACCUCCCCAUCAGGGUUUGAAUAAAGAUGAAGUAGUGGUUCGCCUUCCUCUUGGAGAUAUCGUUGGAAAGGAAGUGAAACUUGAAAAUUUACCUUGGACUGCAAACAAGGACCCUACAGAAGAACUGCCAAAGGAUGGGACGCAUUUCGAUCCAAAUCCUCUUUUGGCAAAUAACACCGUCACCGUUUUUACAUUCUUGGGUGUUCCUUACGCAGAACCACCAACAUCACAAAGAAGAUUUAAGCCACCACAACAAUUAACAGCAUUUCCUGGAAAACAACCGUUUUUGGCAUUUAAUUUUGCAGCCACCUGCGCUCAAGAUGUUGAAAAGCGACCGGUUCCGGUUGUGGAUCACGCUUAUCCAUUUAUUGUCGACGAGGAUUGUCUGUAUUUAAAUAUUUUCUCACCAGAUAUAUCCAGAAAUUCGCGUGUUCAGUAUCCCGUGCUUGUAUUUUUCCAUGGUGGAAAUUUCCAGACGGGAUCUGCAAAUGAAUGGCCAGCUCAUGGACUUGCUUCCAGAGGAAUGGUCGUAGUUACAGUUAACUAUCGGCUUGGAGCGUUCGGGUUCAUGAGUAUGGGAGAUUCCGACACUGGCAAUUACGGAAUUCAAGAUCAGAAACUUGCCUUAGAGUUUGUUCGAGAUCAUAUAGCUUCUUUUGGAGGAGAUCCACAAGCAGUAACCGUUGUUGGACAUGAUGCAGGCGCAGCUUCCAUUGGAUAUCAUAUGCUCUCGCCAUUUUCUCGUCAUCUCUUCCGAUCUGCCGCGAUGAUGUCUGGUGCUGAAGUUUCCUAUCAUUCAUACAUCGGAAAACCCGCUCUGGCAUUCAACAACACAAUCAAGCUUGGUAGAUACUUAGGAUGCUCACAGAGCGAACCGCAACAUGUUUGGGAUUGUAUUCUGACAAGAUCUACAAACGAUAUUGUCUAUGCCACGCAGACGAUUCCUGUCGAAUUCAACAGAUAUUUAUUUAUGCCAACUGUUGAUGGCAGAUAUCUUCCAGGGAAUCCGUACUGGAUUCUAUUGAACGCUCCAACCGGCGACACCUCUGUUAUGAGUCCAGUACCACUGUUGAUAGGAAUGAAUGCUCAAGAUGGAAGUGAAGUUGUUUUAGAAGAUCGGCGAAUGGGAGAAUUCAGUCAGUUCGAACUAAUUGACCAGGAAUACAUGAAAAGCUUCACAUUGGAAUACUGCUUCCGGCAUAAUUACACAAUGAAUCGUGAAGCGACUGCUGCUGCUAUCUUAUCGAAAUACACUUUCUGGCCGGAUCGAGCCGACGUCUGGGCUAUUCGGGAAAACUUUGUGCAGCUUGCGACUGAUGCUUACUAUACCGCCCCAAUGCAGCUAUCAGCGCAUCUUCAUUCCGCUUCUGGAUCUCGAGUUUUUCAAUACGUCAACAAUUACAACUUCAGUAAACAACAUCCAGAGAUGGAGUACGUUCCUGAUUGGAUGGGUGUCUGUCGUGAAUGCGAUCUUUAUCUUCUCUUCGGUUACCCAUUCCUUCCUGACGAGUUGAGACCCAUGGCCCUAAAAGGAAUCAAUUUUACUGAAAUUGAUAGAAAUGCCAGCAGAACUUUCUCGAAUAUUUUUAGACGAUUCACAUUAUACCAAAAUCCGAACUUCCUCUAUGAUGGAAGCUGGGAUGCUUACGAACCGCGCCGACAUUGGUACAUGAACUUCAAUUAUACAACGAAAGACGAUUGGAAAAUACCCGGAACGAAAGGGAGGGAUUAUCGCUACGAAGAUGUCGCAUUCUGGAAUGAAUAUAUUCCAUCGUUGGUGAACUACAUGACGACCACGUUCUCGCCGGAAAACGUUGCUUAUCGACGAGAGAUAACAGUGUUUAUGUGGGUUACUGGAGUAAAUGUGAUGAUUAUUUGCCUGCUCAUCGUUCUGGCUGGUGCCUUCGGUUAUAUGGUGUUUGGUAAUCGCGAAGAAGAUCGGAAAAUUGAGCGAGAAUGCAACCAACUGGUUGAAUAUCGUGAUACGUUCAAUUCCGACGCUACAAUGUCUGAACGAACAAGAUCUCCAAGAUCAAGGCUUACUAAUUUAUAA